AUGGAAAGCCCUAAUGUUCCCGACUACUGUUUGUACUUUUACUACUACUACUACUACUACUACUACUACUACUACUACUACUACUACUACUACUACUACUACUACUACUACUACUACUACUACUACUACUACUACUACUACUACUACUACUACUACUACUACUACUACUACUACUACUACUACUACUACUACUACUACUACUACUACUACUACUACUACUACUACUACUACUACUACUACUACUACUACUACUACUACUACUACUACUACUACUACUACUACUACUACUACUACUACUACUACUACUACUACUACUACUACUACUACUACUACUACUACUACUACUACUACUACUACUACUACUACUACUACUACUACUACUACUACUACUACUACUACUACUACUACUACUACUACUACUACUACUACUACUACUACUACUACUACUACUACUACUACUACUACUACUACUACUACUACUACUACUACUACUACUACUACUACUACUACUACUACUACUACUACUACUACUACUACUACUACUACUACUACUACUACUACUACUACUACUACUACUACUACUACUACUACUACUACUACUACUACUACUACUACUACUACUACUACUACUACUACUACUACUACUACUACUACUACUACUACUACUACUACUACUACUACUACUACUACUACUACUACUACUACUACUACUACUACUACUACUACUACUACUACUACUACUACUACUACUACUACUACUACUACUACUACUACUACUACUACUACUACUACUACUACUACUACUACUACUACUACUACUACUACUACUACUACUACUACUACUACUACUACUACUACUACUACUACUACUACUACUACUACUACUACUACUACUACUACUACUACUACUACUACUACUACUACUACUACUACUACUACUACUACUACUACUACUACUACUACUACUACUACUACUACUACUACUACUACUACUACUACUACUACUACUACUACUACUACUACUACUACUACUACUACUACUACUACUACUACUACUACUACUACUACUACUACUACUACUACUACUACUACUACUCUACUACUACUACUACUACUACUACUACUACUACUACUACUACUACUACUACUACUACUACUACUACUACUACUACUACUACUACUACUACUACUACUACUACUACUACUACUACUACUACUACUACUACUACUACUACUACUACUACUACUACUACUACUACUACUACUACUACUACUACUACUACUACUACUACUACUACUACUACUACUACUACUACUACUACUACUACUACUACUACUACUACUACUACUACUACUACUACUACUACUACUACUACUACUACUACUACUACUACUACUACUACUACUACUACUACUACUACUACUACUACUACUACUACUACUACUACUACUACUACUACUACUACUACUACUACUACUACUACUACUACUACUACUACUACUACUACUACUACUACUACUACUACUACUACUACUACUACUACUACUACUACUACUACUACUACUACUACUACUACUACUACUACUACUACUACUACUACUACUACUACUACUACUACUACUACUACUACUACUACUACUACUACUACUACUACUACUACUACUACUACUACUACUACUACUACUACUACUACUACUACUACUACUACUACUACUACUACUACUACUACUACUACUACUACUACUACUACUACUACUACUACUACUACUACUACUACUACUACUACUACUACUACUACUACUACUACUACUACUACUACUACUACUACUACUACUACUACUACUACUACUACUACUACUACUACUACUACUACUACUACUCCUACUACUACUACUACUACUACUACUACUACUACUACUACUACUACUACUACUACUACUACUACUACUACUACUACUACUACUACUACUACUACUACUACUACUACUACUACUACUACUACUACUACUACUACUACUACUACUACUACUACUACUACUACUACUACUACUACUACUACUACUACUACUACUACUACUACUACUACUACUACUACUACUACUACUACUACUACUACUACUACUACUACUACUACUACUACUACUACUACUACUACUACUACUACUACUACUACUACUACUACUACUACUACUACUACUACUACUACUACUACUACUACUACUACUACUACUACUACUACUACUACUACUACUACUACUACUACUACUACUACUACUACUACUACUACUACUACUACUACUACUACUACUACUACUACUACUACUACUACUACUACUACUACUACUACUACUACUACUACUACUACUACUACUACUACUACUACUACUACUACUACUACUACUACUACUACUACUACUACUACUACUACUACUACUACUACUACUACUACUACUACUACUACUACUACUACUACUACUACUACUACUACUACUACUACUACUACUACUACUACUACUACUACUACUACUACUACUACUACUACUACUACUACUACUACUACUACUACUACUACUACUACUACUACUACUACUACUACUACUACUACUACUACUACUACUACUACUACUACUACUACUACUACUACUACUACUACUACUACUACUACUACUACUACUACUACUACUACUACUACUACUACUACUACUACUACUACUACUACUACUACUACUACUACUACUACUACUACUACUACUACUACUACUACUACUACUACUACUACUACUACUACUACUACUACUACUACUACUACUACUACUACUACUACUACUACUACUACUACUACUACUACUACUACUACUACUACUACUACUACUACUACUACUACUACUACUACUACUACUACUACUACUACUACUACUACUACUACUACUACUACUACUACUACUACUACUACUACUACUACUACUACUACUACUACUACUACUACUACUACUACUACUACUACUACUACUACUACUACUACUACUACUACUACUACUACUACUACUACUACUACUACUACUACUACUACUACUACUACUACUACUACUACUACUACUACUACUACUACUACUACUACUACUACUACUACUACUACUACUACUACUACUACUACUACUACUACUACUACUACUACUACUACUACUACUACUACUACUACUACUACUACUACUACUACUACUACUACUACUACUACUACUACUACUACUACUACUACUACUACUACUACUACUACUACUACUACUACUACUACUACUACUACUACUACUACUACUACUACUACUACUACUACUACUACUACUACUACUACUACUACUACUACUACUACUACUACUACUACUACUACUACUACUACUACUACUACUACUACUACUACUACUACUACUACUACUACUACUACUACUACUACUACUACUACUACUACUACUACUACUACUACUACUACUACUACUACUACUACUACUACUACUACUACUACUACUACUACUACUACUACUACUACUACUACUACUACUACUACUACUACUACUACUACUACUACUACUACUACUACUACUACUACUACUACUACUACUACUACUACUACUACUACUACUACUACUACUACUACUACUACUACUACUACUACUACUACUACUACUACUACUACUACUACUACUACUACUACUACUACUACUACUACUACUACUACUACUACUACUACUACUACUACUACUACUACUACUACUACUACUACUACUACUACUACUACUACUACUACUACUACUACUACUACUACUACUACUACUACUACUACUACUACUACUACUACUACUACUACUACUACUACUACCUCUACCACUACUACUACUACCUCUACCACUACGGGAUUUAAAUUGACAAUUGUAUCUGUGUGCUAA